AUGAAUUACGGGUAUUUCAAUGAAGAGGAGAGGAGCUUUGUGUUCAACAUAUUGACUUUAAGGAAGGAGGAACAGUAUUUCCUGAUGGUAUUUCUUUUGAAGUCAGGAGGAGACUGGUUUUUCGCCAGAGAACAACAUUAUGACAAACUUUUCGAUGUGAAAAUCCACGAGGAGCUCUUCCCGCAAAUGCUGGAGAAGGGAUUUCUGGAGAGCGCUUACAAUGGCAACGAUGAAACAUUUUUCAACCUCUUCGAUGACACUCUGCUACAGGACCUCUACCGAAUGACAAAACGAAGUCCUACAAAGUGUCGACGAAAAAUGAUCUCAGUCCUCACAGAGAUGCUUCGUCAAGAAAUGAUCGACGAUGUCGACGAGGAUCCUCGCAGGAAGCCUUUAAAUUCCUACCUUUACUCUCGGAAAGGUCCAAUCCUCAAAGUCUCCCCCGCCCUAAUCUCCCUAGCCCAUCGAAUCCUAACCCUCUACUACCCCGACCACAAUCCCCACGACGACUUCUCCGACGUAUUCGUGAUACUCACUCGAGCCUUCGACCAACGUAAUCCCACAAGAUACCCCGCAUACUCCAUAAGCCACUUCCCUCUCUUCAGGAACCGUCAGUCCUUGAUAGAUUAUGUGGAAGCAAAACUCAUAGCAACAACGGUCCUUAAAAUGAUCGAAGGCAGACCAGACGGUCACAUUGAAAGAAUCUACGAGUAUGGGGAUCUAAUCCAUAGAAAAUUACAAAAAUUAAUUAUCGCAAACGCCGACGAAGAGGCUGAACGCAAAAAGAAUCACCGAAGAUCCGGCGUCCCGAGUUAUCCAGCAAUUCCUUUCCACAUACAACAGUUUUUACCUGCUCACCUGUUAUCAAAAAUCCUAAUCUCAAUCAUGAAAUUUCUAAGAGCACAAAAAACCCAGCGGAGCCUGGCCACAGUUAGACAAUACCGGGCAUUUCUCCUCGAGAAUCACGCCAAUAUUCCGGUUGAUUGUUUCGCUCUGUACAACGAAGCCAUCGCAAUUGAGAAGGACCGAGCAAAGGCCCCUCAACGCGCAGCAGCAUUCAUCUUGGACGCUUUAUCAUAUCUUGAGAAUCAUCGACUUUUCAAAAAUUCUCGACUCCACUUUUCAGAAAUUCGCAAUCUAGUGAACAAGAUUCCACUGGAAAAACUUGUUCCCCUCACGAGAAAGUCCUUCGUGAAAAUUCUUGCAAAGAAUAGAGAUUUCCCCAUUCCUGCCAGAAACCUAGACCCUAUCGAUCUAGAGCCGGUUGGUGAAGGGAACAGUCGUUCCUGGAGGUUGAAGGAUGAAGAUGACGUACAUGCGUACGAGAGACUCAAGGAGAUUGCAUUGCAUAAUUACAUCGCACGUGGAUUUCCCAAGGUUCUUCAAUGUUGUGAGUCACUUCCGGUGACGAUUUUCGCAUGUCUUUUUUGGAAGGAAUUAUUUGGAUCACAACAUGACGUGCCCGGAGCGUUUGUUUCGAAAUUCCAGAAGGGACCACUGGAUUUGUUCAACGCUAGCUUCUAUGAAAAUCGGGAAUUAAUUUUCGCUAAGAGAUUGAAGGAGUUGGAGAUGAUGAAGGAUGAUGACAUUUGGAAUUUGAUGGCAAAAGUUUAUAGGGAUACCUCUUCGGUUGAAUCUAUUAUUAGUCAUCAUUUCGGAAAUCAUGAUGAUUUCAAAGGAAUGAUCAAGUGUUUGAGGAAAACCGGAGUGUUGGGCAUUUGUAAGAAAAUGAUUAAGAAGGAGUGUAUUGAAAGGGGAUUUCCGGAUAUAAUUGGGUGGGACGAGAGGAAUAUGGGGUACAGGAUCGUCGUCGUGCGUAUACCUCGUGGAAAUUUUUCAGCCGCGCAGAAUUUGUGGAUUGAAGCCUUAAUAAAUAUGAAUAUGCUUUUGGAGAUUCCUGCGUUUAGAAUAAAAAAGGGCUAG